AUGUCGGAAGUUCGGGUUAGGCCCAAGCACAGACUUGUGGCCGGAAGUGUGCACAGGAACGCCUUCACAUUGGAUUACGCGCAGUUUUACCUUAGACCGGUGCCAAUUAGUGGCCAACAGCAGCAACAAACGCAGCAGCAACACCAGCAGAUAGUGCAGCAGCAAUUGCUAGCCCAACAGCAGCAUCAACUGCAAAUCCAGCAACUGCAGCAACAACUGCUGCUGCAACAGAUCGAACGGGAGUUGCAGCAGCACCAGCAGCUUCUAUACAGCCAGCGACAGGCACAGUGUAGCUACCCUCCCGUGCGGCAGCGUUGGCUCUCCGGCAGCCACUACGACUACGCCGCACCGCAGCAACUUGUGCCGCAACUGCAACAAACGCAUCCGCAUCAGCAGCAGCAACACCUGCAGCAUCUUCAACAGCAACAAGAACAGCAGCAGCAGCAGCAAUACAGUUACUAUUUCAGUCGGGGAAGCACCAGCACCAGCUCCGGCCUGGGUCUGGGACUGGGCCUGGGCUUCGGUCUGGGCAGCGGCAACCUAGCCAGCUGGUACCAUCUGCCCUCCACGUCGGCGCACAUCUACAUCGGGACAACCAGCAGCGGCGGCGCAGGCACAACCCCGUACCCAUAUCCGUACCGCGGACUGGGAGCCUAUUCCGGCGGCGGCUAUCCUGCAGCGGCUUUGAUCAACUUUGAUGCCUCGCCCACUCCACUACUAGCAUCAGCUGGGACUUCGCCUGGCUAUCUGCCGCCGCUCCCUGUGCCGGCAGUCCUACCCCCGCCGCCCCCGGCGCCGAGCGUAGCCACCGACUACUACUUCAGCAGCCGGAGCACGCGCACGCUUCCACCGCAACCAACAGCGGCAACGGCAAUAGGAGCCACCACAGGAACAGCAGCAGCAGCAGCAUCGGCAGCCAGACUAUCGCCGUUCCAAGAGUACACGGCUAACGCGGCGGAGGAGCUGCAAGCUGGCUAUCGCUACAAGGCCACGCCCCGAAGGCGCUACGACGCCUACGACAACUACGGCUACCUGCCGGGCUUUGCCAGCACAACCGAAGACGAGGAGGACCUACUCGACGAGUGCUUGCCGGCGGCCCUACUCUCCACGGACUGCGACAGUCUCGAGGAAGUGCGCUUUCUACAGCACCAGGCAGAGGAGGACGACGACGAGGACGACGAGGAGGUUGCCACACAGUUGGCACACAUUCUUGACCUGCCCGAUUUUUUGCAUCCUUACGGCGGCGGCGCAGGCGGCAGCAGCAGGGGCAGCAUACACAGCCACAAGACGCCGCCGCAACACGAAUACCAGACGGAGCACGGCUCAGCCGCAGCCGGAGGGGGAGGGGGAGCUACUACAGGCGGAGGAGGGGGCGUGGGCGGCACGGAAGGAGGAGGCAGCAUCAGCGGUGGUGGCGUCGGUCAGUCGCAACGCGAGACGGUUGAGCAACGCUAUCACCAAUACCAGUACCAGCAGCAGCAUCACCACCAGCAGCAGCAAUUCCACCAUCAUCAUCAUCAGCAACAGCAACAACAGCAGCAGCAGCAGCAGUUCCAACAGACCCCGCAGCAAUCGCAGGGACAUCAGCAACAGGCGUACCACUCGUACCAAUAUCCAUCGCAGGACAGCUGCGAAGGCUUCAACCACUUCGCCAACGACACCAGCAGCUGUCUGGGCAACCAAAGAAUGAUGGUUAGCAAAUUGUGGAACAGCUGCUUCCCGGAGUUCACGCCGGACCAUGUCCAUCGGCACAACUUCUAUCUGUGCCAGUGGCAGCGGAACACGCAGGUGCGCAUUGUGUACCUGUUCUAUCGCUGGAUAACGGCCAUCACCUGUUUGGCGGCGCUGGUAUGCUCCCUGCUGGACAUAGGGCGCACCGAGGAGCACUUUGAGCAUCACUAUGCCAAGUGGUGGAUCUAUCUGACCCACUGGGGCCUGCUCUUCUGCACGGUGCAGGCCUGGCUGGCCGCCUGGAUAGUCACCCAGGGUAUGAUGGUGGAGCGCGAGGACUUUGAGAUCGUGCGCCAAGCCAAGAAGAGUCGUCUGCAUCACCUGUACUGGGUGCUCUACACCUGUGCCACUGUCUAUGCCUUCAUUGUCACCAUGUGCUAUUGGCUGCUGGUCCACAAUUCAGAAAUCCACAAAAUUGAUACUUUGAACAUUAUGGUGCAUGUGCUAAACUCGAUUAUAAUGCUCAUUGAUUUGGCCAUUGUUGGGCAUCCGAUUAAGAUGAGCCACGCCUAUUUUACCACGGGCAUUGGACUGGCGUAUGCCAUAUUCACUGGCAUCUAUUUCUUGGCCGGCGGCACAGACAGGAAAAAUCAAACUGCCAUCUAUCCUAUGAUGGACUGGACCAAGCCGGGCAAGGCCAUUAUUGUUACGGCCUGUGCCAUAAUCUUCACUUUCUUUGUCCACUUCUGCUGCUACCUACUGUACCGGGGACGGGUCUGGCUGUUCACCAAGCUCUGCAUUCGGGGCCGCCACAAUCGGGACGGGGAGAUGGGCGAGGGUCUCAACGAUGACUCGGGCUCUCGCAUGGGCGGAGGAGGCGGUGGUGGCACUGUGGGCGGUACUGGAGGCGGGUUCAGUGGUUCGGUGGCGGCCGCUACUUCUGUGUGUGUUGGCGCCGGUGGCAGUAGCCAGGAUUAUGCCCACCAGCAGCAAUACCCCAUUCCGCAUACGGAGCAGCCGCGGGCCGGCAAUCAACAGCAGCAUCAGCAGCAGCAGCCGCCAGCCAACUACCAGGCUCCGCCUCAGUACUCUGGCUACCUGCAGCAGCCCGUGGUUGCUGGCGUCAAUGUGGGGGUGAUCAGUGCGGAGGGAGUGUAUCAACCGAUUGGCACAGAUUCCGGACGAACCAGUGGUGGGGGCGGAGGCGGUGUAGGUGUUGCCGUGGCCGAUGGUUCCGGGAAACACAAGUCUGCUUCUGGCUCUGGUUCGGGCUCGGGGUCGGGCUCGGCAUUGACGCGCACCGUAGCCCACUUAGAUGCGUCGCAGCGGGAGCAGUUCCUUAACCCCAACAAGAUCGUCGAGUAUAAGAUGUAAAGGCGUUGCACCCGGCACCGGUAUACGUUCCACUUGUCCAUGAAGUUUUUGGAGAAGCACUGUGCCCAGUGCGAGGCGACGCGCAACGCCAUCAGCGAGGAGCAGCGCCACCUUGCUGAUGGCGGGGGCGGGGGCGGAUUCGGGCACAGUGGUUAGCUUUAGAGUUGCUUUGAAGUUGCUCAAAUCAAAUUCCCAACUAGGUAUCUGCCAGAUCAGAUCGGAUCGAAUCAGUAUUGCACUUGGUAUUGUACGGCAUUGUAGUUUGUAAACGUAGUUUCGUAAUUUUGUAAAAGCUUUGCCAGUUUUUUUUUAAAUGUGUAGACUCGUUCUGUCUGCUAGCGACUUGAAGGAGGAGUAGGAGUGCUUGUCGACCAUAAUAUUGAAUAAAUUUAGAAUAUUAGGGAUAUUCCUUUAGCAACAUCCCCUUACGAUAUCCCCUUGCGAUAGCUGGGGGGAUAUCCGUAUUGUAGUUGCUCCUGGAUGCUGGAUGCUAUAUGCUGUAUGCUGGAUGCAAUUUCCAACAAUUUUAAACACUUUGAAUGGACUAAGUUGAACAUGGAUAUGUUACAACUCAUACUAGUAGCACCUUAAGUUAAAGCUCAGUUAUAUUUAUACCUUAAAAUGCAUCAAUUGUGUUCAAGAUUGUCGUUCCACAAAUAGUUACAAUACGUUCGGCCCAUACUCCUUAUGAAGAACAACAAACAACCGAAAUGUCAAACACAUACUGCCUAAAAUUAUGUUGCUUAAGUAAUUUUUACAUAGUUAAUUUCCCAUUUAUCCGCCUAAAUUUUAUAUAUCGGUGCAGGUGUAAAGCAAGUACACAUGCACAUGAUCAGUGGCCCCAAGAUCAGCCAGAGUCGGACAACAAAUUAUUGCUAAAAUAUUUCAAUACAAAAAUUAUAAUAGUUUUUGUCUGCUCUUGGGGAACACUGUGCAUGGACUUGGACUUGACAAAUUUAAUUGGCAGUUUUAGUGGCGCAAAUAUAGAGGAUGGGAGGAGUAAAGUUUAACUUUAAGAUAUGCUUGGCAUUGAGUUGCUUAGUGUUUAGUAAAUUAAUCAAAUAAAAUACAUUAUUUCAAUGGAUGUUUUCCGCGCAAGCACUACGCUGCAAAAAUAACUCUACGAUAUAAAGCACGACCGAAAAAUAAUAAAAAAAAAGAAUAUAUGUAUAUCUAUAUUUUAGCAUAAAAUGUUGAAAGUAAAUAACUAGGACCUAUACUUUUUGCUCAGAACAAACAAAGAAACAAACAAAUUAACGAAAUUACUGUACCUAACGAGGGGCUCAGAAUGAUUUCAGUUUUUCUGUUUUGUUGGUUUCUGUUUCUGUGAACCAUACGGACAGCACCAUUACAGCAUUAUACUAAGUACCCUAAGAACCCAAAAAUGCAAACACUUAGCAAGUGAUUAGAGUUACAGUCAAAUGGAAAUGGAAAUGGAAAUAUGGAAGUACCCAUACUCGUACGUAUAUGUACGUAUAUUUAUGUGUAUGUAAAUAGUUGUUUUCAUAUAUGUUGAGCGAAUUCUAUCUAUAUUCAAAUGCAUAGGCGACCCCCAAUGACGGGAGGGAAGCUGUUGAACAAUGAAAUCAAAUCUCGUAUAAAAGUGUAGUCAACUUAAACCGAAAUGCAACAAUGAAACGAAAACCAAAACCAAAAACCAAAAACCAAAAACCAAAACCAAAAUCAAAUGCAAUGAAUAAAACUCGUCAAGAGGAAUGUGUUAACAAGCAAAAGCAAAACCAAAUACAAAUGCAAAUACAAAGCAUAUUUAACUAAAUAUACAGAAGUCAAAGUGCAACCAAAUACGAGUAGCAUCCCCUAGCUAUACAUACUCGUACAUACACACAUACUUAAAAUAAAUAAAUAAAUAAAAAAAACAAAUAAAAACACACACGAAUACAAAUGCAAAUACAAAUACAAAUACAAAUACAAGAAUGUAAAGCCUAGUAAAGUAAUGCAAUUAAUUUUUGAUAGAUUUACAUAAACAGAACGCUCAUAGCUCAUAUUCUAGAGACCUCUCACACAGAAGCAGAACUGCAGACAGAUCGGAUCCUUAGCAGAUCUCCAGGAUGCUUUGUUUGAUGUUUGAUGUCAGCAUUUUGAUGUUAUUUUUUUCCCAGUUUCUUUUUAGAUAAAUUUAACCAGUUUUGGUUUAGGUUUUUAGCAGAACUGAAAAUGUGCUUCGUUUUCGUGUCAGUUUCCCUCGCCUCGUUUCUCCCAAUUUGUUUUCCAACAUUUAGCAUAAAUGUAUAAAUGUAUGUUUAUAUAGACUGAAUAUUAUUAAAAAAAGAAGAAAAUCUAACAAAAAAAAAUAAUUAAAAAAUAUAUAUAAAAGAAGCGAAUAAACCUUUUUGGAAUGUGUAAAAAUAUAAACAAAAACUAAAGCCAGAGUUCAUAUUAACCACAACGUAAAACAGUAAGCACAUAUCAAUAAUUAAACAAGAUCAUUCUUAAAUGAAAAUUAAAGAAAAAGCAAGCAAAAGAUAAAUUAAAUUAAAUCAAAUGAAUUAAAUUAAAUUAAACGGAAAGCAAACGUUUCAAAGUAAACAAAUUCAAAGUUGACCUCAUCAAGAAUCACCAAACACCAAACAAACCGAAAUGUUUAAACUUGCAUAAAGAAAUAUGUAUGUGUAAAUGUUAAACAAUCAUUACAAUACGAAUACGAGUAUAUGUACUAUAUGCAGAAUAUAUUUAGCAAAGAGAGACAAAUUCAAAUAUUAUAUUUUGUAGAUUUUUAGUAAACUAGAAGUGAGUGAACGUGAACAUGGACAGCAUAUAUCUAAAAUAUAUACCCCCUGUAUACAUACAUACAUACAGUACAUACAGUACACACAUCCCUGCAUAUACAAUACAUAGUAUAGACAUGUAGCUCUCUGUACCCGAGGCGAGAGUUUGUUCUGAAGUUGUUGGGGAAACAAACGAGAGAAUGGAAAAGCUUUAAGAAACCCAAAUGGUUGGACGAAACAUUUACACGCUCCAAUAAAAGUUGAUUUAAUUGCUCAAUCGGAGUCAUCCAUUGGCUCAUCCAUGGACGGCUGCUCAACAGGGGACGAGCAUUAGUAGAUGUGAGGAGAUGUCAGGCAUUGAUGCGAGUAUACAAAACAAAUCAUUCACUCAACUGUUAUUAACAAGAGCACACAAAAAUGAAAAUUUUAAUAAGCUGCAUGCGGUCGUGGAUUGCGAAGGAGAAUAAAUUAAAUUUCAACGUACGAGUAAUAGUGAAAUCUACGAGUAAGUAACUAAAACUAAAUUAACAACCAAAUGCAAAAGAAAAACCACAACAACUACAACAAGCAAGCAAAUUGUUUACUUCAAAAGUACGAGUAUUUCUGCGCAUUUAAGCAAAAUCGUAAAAAACAAAUGGUUCAACAUUUCCAAUUAAAUGUGUCGAAAUUUUGUUAACCAAUUAAAUACGAAAACACAUUCAAAUUAUAAACGAAACAAGAUUUCAAUGAACAACAACAAGCUAAAAAAAAACAAAAACAAAAUUCGAAAGGAAAACUAAUAAAAUCGUUAGAAAACGCAUGAAAAUGUUAACGCUAAUGAUGGAAGGGAAAGGCAUUUUAAAGGUACAAUAUGUAUUACCAACAAGAAGAAACAGAAAAGUAUAACUCGAAAUUCAUUAGAAAACGUACAACGUGUAUGUGUAUGUAUAUGCCCGUGUACGUACAGGCAUCAUAUAUAUUAUUAUUAACUAUUAUUAUGUAUUUGAAAACAAAGAAUUGUGAAUUAGUAUUAAACCAACAAAAAUGGCAAACAAAUGGUGGUAAAUAAAGAAUGUAAAAGGUAAACAAAAA